AUGUCGCUGGCGAGGUCGCUGGCGAGGUCGCUGCUGGUGGUGGGCUGCGUUACUGUGGCGGCGUUCGCCCCUGGCGCGCAGUCGCCUGCCCGUGCGCGUGGCGGUGCCAGCCGCGCAGCCGCAGCGCGCGCUCAGUUCCCGUCGCUCCCCAACCCCUUUGGCGGCGGCGAGGGCGACGUGGCGCCCGCUGCGGCUCCCGCGAGGGCGGCGCCGCCGAGCAACCCCGCGUGGCGCGGGACGGUGCUGGACGAGUCGCUGCCCGACCCCGUGUUUGACGACACGUACGAGUACAAGGGCCGCUCCAAGGUUGGCUUUGUCACCUACGCGGAGCUGCUGAAUGCGCGCAUGGCGAUGAUGGGCUUCACGAUUCUGUUCCUGCAGGAGCUGCUCUUCGGGAAGGGGGUGCUGCAGAUGUACGGGCUGCCCUACGACUCGGGCGCCUUCCUGGGGUAGGCGGCGGGUGCGCGGUGUUUCAUUGUGCGGCUGGAUGCCGAUCUGUUGUUGUGUCGCGGUCGUGGCGGUGUGAGGGCUUGGUUGCCGUGUGCACGCACGCGUGUGUGCGGCGUCCCGACUCAUCGCCGCGUGCACGACGAAGUGCGUGCGCCGGGGGUCACCACCUCGUCCGCGAGGAGUAGUCUCCCACAGCCGGCGGGCGUGGACGAUGUCAUGAUGUCAGACUCGGCUCUUUGCGCGAAAACGGGCGUGCGGUACGGCGUUGUGGCCCUUGUGCCCUGUUCCUUCCGGCCUUCGUCCGCACAUGAUCGUUUCGUGCGUUAAAC